AUGUCUGAUUUUCGAGAACGAAACAGCUCCAGGUCUGAGCAUGAGGGGGACGAGAAGACGACUACUGACAACUCGAGCACCGACGAUGACAGACAUACCAGCAGCACUACAGGCCAAGAACCCAACCCGGAAUCCAACUUGUUAGAUAAGAACUUUGAAAACAUUUUUGUAAUACAGGUAGCGAUGUUAGACGGGGCAUUGCUAUCCCUCAAGAAAACUACAGAUCAUAUCCUAAGCGAAGUCCGAGGUCAACCCACAGCGAUAGGGCUUGAAGUCAAGAACCCCGAAACCGGGAAAAGAAUCAAACUUGAUCAUGCAAGAUUCAUACGCCUAAAUAAGUGGCUCGGUUCCAACAUAGAUAUAUUGAGAAAAUUUAUAUGGCAAUGCGAGAACGACAGCGGCUUAAGAGGAGAUGGACUGGACGGGAAUGAGAUACCAGGAGAUCUCAACAAAAAUUUAUCACUAUUAUGCGACGAGGGAUUUUCAGAGGUCAUCAGGAAUACCGAAUCACUACUAGCAAAAAAAACCAUUCCUCCUGGAACUACUAUCUUCAAAGACACAAUUGAUGCAAGGGAUUGUUUAGAACUAAUAAAGGAGGAACAUAACCGCUUAAAGGUUUGGAUCUCCAAUACUAAAAUAGAUGAAGGUGCAUUAUCAAUUUUAGUCAACCACGAUUUAUACAAGCAAGCUGGAGAAAUAUUACAGAGUAUUCUUGUGGAUUUGAUAUCGAUUUGUGAAGGAUGCCUUACUAAGGAACCUACUGCUCAAAAUAUCGUCGUACUAGUACGCAACCAAUGGCUCGAUGAAGCUAAAAAGCUUUUGACAAUACUUCCUGACAAGUCCAAUAAAACAGAAAACUAUUUGUUUUCUGAUGCUUCCCCAAGGACUCCCGAACCAGGACCAUUGAUCUCUGAGGAAAAUCUAAAUGAGGGAGACCCCAGGCAUUCGCCUUCUGGAACCUCAAUAGAGAAUCGGAAUAUAACAGUAGGAGCUACUUCAUCUCAGUUCAACAUAGUACCACAACCCCCUUCACGCCGACAGCGUCCGGCCCCACCUGGAAAUCAUGGGCCAAAUACCUCGCCUAACCAUAGACCUACCCAGUUGGAUGAAUCUGUAGAACCUGCCGGCUCCAACCUGAGCCGUCCAGAGUCCAGAGGUUCCAUAGCAUCUUCUGCGUAUACUAUCAUGUUUGAUGAAAGACCUCUUCCAGAGUAUUUGAUUGAGAGCCUAAAGGACUCGAACAAGACUUUGAUCACCCUAGUUAGGUCAUUAGAAAUGGCAAAAGCAAACAUGGGAGAUGGAGCUCACUCGCAAGUCUAUCGGGCCGUUCGACAUAUAAAAGAUAGCCAAAAAACCCAACCUUCUUCGCCCGCUGAACCCUUUAAUCUUCCUCCUCCUCCUGAGCCACUUCAAUUCCCUUCAUUUGUACAUCCUUCUCCACACCCUCCAGGAGAGCCUAUUGAAGCGAAUUCUCGUCCGGGCACGAUCCCCGCCUAUAUGAGGGCGCCGUCACCCAUAUGGUAUCCGCAGUACCCACCACCGCCAUCAUCAAUGUCAAUGGCACCGGCACCAGCACCAGCACCAGCACCAGCACCGGCACCGGCACCGGCACCGGCAUCAGAACCAGCACGGGCACGGGCACGGGCACGUCGGGCACCGGCGGUGGAAAUGUACCAAGAUCUGUGGGAUAUUGCACCAGGAUCAGGACUAGCACCGGAAUCACCAACGGUAUCGGGAUAUGUAGGAUACGCUACUUUUCCGCGACCUCGGAAGACGUACAAGCGUGUAUCUCCCUCAGAAAAACGACCACAGGGGGAACCUUAUCCUCCAGAAAAGACUUCUAGAAAGCGAUCCGAUGGUUAUCUCUGGGGUAGAAUAAAGUCUGCAGCACUUACUGAAAACAGGAUACUAAAUGAUUUACUUGAGCAACUGGAAGAGAUCGGCUUUGGCCUUUACUGCGACCGGCAUUCCUUGCUAUUUAGUAAUUCGGGCCUUGAAAAAUGGGUUGUCCUUGAAGUUCUUCGAUGUAUGUGGCAUGACGAUUCCCAAAUGACAAGAGAUUCAUUUGCAGAAAAGGCAAAGGGGGUGCUAUCGGGGAAGAAAGAUAAAUGGAAUUUCCCAGAAUCACAGGUAAGGCCAGUAGUUCCGGUGUCGCCUACCCUAUAUCACUACGCACGUCAACCGAAUUACUAUGAACCAAGGAGAAUCGCAAUGGAAUCUCAGGAAAGAAGUUAUCCAGCUGCCCCGCCGCAGAUUUACCGUCCUACAUAUGGAGUGACGGACUACCGUGUACGGCAAAACGGCCGGGAACAGCAGCUUAUAUCCUCAACCCCCCACAAUCCACAGAUACAAUACGCUGAACCCGAUAUACAAUACGCUGAACCCUUACCCCCAACCCGGGCGGGGACAUUCGAAAUGCCUAGCAGAGUCGGACAGGAUGAAAACCGCGAUCAAUACCAAGCACAAAAUCGUUCACACGAGCCUCAACCAGGGAGUUAUGCUGAUCCAUGGAGCUCAUAUUCAUAUGCAUCACGUCCAGCAGAUGACAUGAUCAACAGGGCCAUGGGCCGUGUGACUCAUUCUUCUCCUUACACUUCCCAUAUCGGCGUCGCUAGGACUCAUCUCAUGCCUCAAAGUACUAAUACCGACAACGCCUUCAGCAAUGCGUACCAAGAGAUUAGCGCUGCGUACCAAGAGCGCGCCCAUAAUAAAGAUGGGACAGCUAAGGAUACUAAGGAAGACGGACCCGAAGGAGCUCCUCCAAAAAGCAAUCUCAGUAAGAACAAAAUGAAGGCGCUUAGACCGGAGGUUUCUUCAGUUGAUCCAGUAGAGGUGCUCAAAGAGGAGGCUGGGGAACGCUGA